AUGGCACCCUCGAAUCGACACCGGAGGUUGAUGAUAGAUUCCACCAUCCCGUUUUGCAACCUUCAAUGUGAUCCGGAACGUAACCCCUCUGGCAUCUGUUUUCCCUUUUGCGCCGCCACCUGUCCAUCUUUUUGCCGCAUCGCCGACUACUCACCUCCACCAUCAUCAUCACCGUCGCCAGCAAACAGCCCUUAUUCACAACCAGCACCACCAGCGCCUAACCACCCAAAACUCUCUUUCCCGCUUAAGCUCUCUCUCCUCUUCCUCAUCGCAACCUUCAUCUACACCCUCUACAAGCUCUACACUGUUUCAUACAGAUCCAAACGUCGCCGCACGCCGCCGCCAGUGUCACCGGAAAAUCAAGAAACCCUAGAUGAGGAUGCUCUUGAUCACCACAUAUGGUACAUCAGAACCACUGGUCUUCAACUGUCUGUAAUAAACGCUAUAACCAUCGUGAAGUUCAAGAAAGGUGAUCAUGGGGUGGUUGUGGGGACUGAAUGUUCUGUUUGUUUAACUGAAUUUGAAGCAGAUGAGAUGCUUAGAGUGUUACCCUAUUGCAAACAUGGUUUUCACUUAUCGUGUAUUGAUACAUGGCUCCGAUCACAUACAAACUGUCCUUUAUGUCGUGCCGGGAUUGUUGAUGACGCUGUUGAGGAGCCAUCACCAGAGCAAAACGCCGAUGAUUUGAUAUUUCCUGAGGAAACAGAUUCACGAAUUUCAUAUAUGGAGGAUGAUGAUCGUGUAGAAGGUAGUGUAAGUUCUGGAAUUAUUAUUGGGUCAGUUUCUAUGGAGGAUUUUGCAACUUCUGAUCAUCGUGGAAUCCAAUUUCAAUCUGUUGAUGGGGGUUCGGGGAUUGAAUUAGUCCAAAUGGAGCAAAGAACAGAUAACAAUUCUCUUAAGAUAGUCGGGUAG